AUUUUAAUAAGAAAACUAGUUUCAUAAUGAAAAACCUGUUCCAAUUUUGCAUAAAUUUAUCUUGUCGAAAAAUUCCCAUUGAUAGAGGCUGCAAAAAAUUAAGCAUCCCCAUUGUUGUGCUUGCAAUUUCAAACUGGACGCGAGUUGCAUGUGCAAAACCGGCUUGCGACAAUUCAAAGGGUGAUUUCUGGAAUUUGGGGUUAGGUUUGCUCGGUUCUCAAGAUUUAUUUAUUUUAUUCUCAGUUGGAGUGUAAAUUCUUAGCAGAUAUGUCGCACAUAAUCAAGCCUAUUUUGUAUUCUUAUUGGAGAAGUUCAUGUUCCUGGAGAGUUAGAAUUGCCCUAAAUUUAAAGGAAAUUCCCUAUGACAUAAAACCAGUAUCCCUGAUAAAAUCUGGUGGAGAACAACAUUCAAAUGAAUUCAGAGACAUAAACCCUAUGGAACAGGUGCCAGCUAUGCACAUUGAUGGUGUUACGUUAGUUGAAUCGCUUAGUAUAAUGUAUUAUUUGGAAGAAACACGACCACAAAGGCCGUUAUUGCCACCUGAUUUUAUAAAGAGAGCCAAAGUGAGGGAAAUUUGUGAGGUUAUAGCCUCUGGGAUACAACCUUUGCAAAACUUGACGGUUUUGAUACAUGUCGGUGAGGAGAAAAAAAAUGAAUGGGCCAAGCACUGGAUAAAUAGAGGUUUUAGGGCUGUUGAGAAAUUAUUGUCAUCUUCAGCUGGUAAAUACUGUGUUGGGGAUGAAAUAACAUUGGCAGAUUGUUGCCUGAUACCACAAGUUUUUAAUGCUAGAAGAUUUCACGUGGAUUUAAGGCCUUUCCCAAUUAUAUUAAGGAUAGAUAGAGAACUGGAAAAUCAUCCAUGUUUCAGGAGUGCCCACCCUAGCAAUCAACCAGAUUGCCCUCCUGAAGCUAUUAAAUAGGUAUAUUUUUAAUUUAUUAUUUUGCUAAUUGCUCCUGACCUAUUUUAAGCCUUUUUUUAAUUUAAAAUUUUAAAAUAUAAUGUGGUUACCACAUUGUGGUACUUAUAUCUUAUACACCAACAAAGCUUUAAUAUUACAAAUUAAAAUAAUCAUUUACUUACCUUAAUAUUGCUUUGGUCCAGGAGAAACUACGGCAUUUUAAAUUUUGUUUUAA